GAAUUUACGGGCUGGGGUCGUAAGGGAUCACGUGAGCGCAGCAGCGGAUCGGCACUUUACGGCUGAGCCUAUGGGAGCUCGGGAAAAAGAGGCUCGCUUCACGUGAUCGGCGGGCGCGGGGUCUCUGCGAAGCUGAGGGGAAUGGAGGCGGAAGAGGAGGUGUCACUACGGUGGCUGGAGAAGCUGCCCGCGGAGCUCGGGCCCAAGCUUCUUCACAAAGUAAUUGAUGGCAUUUGUGGCCGUGCUUAUCCUCAAUUUAAGGAUUAUGACAAUAUUUGGAAUUCAACAGAGUGGAUUAAUGUCCUGGAAGAUGUAUCCAAAUUUUUCAAAACUGUCAUUGGUAAAAAUAAAGAUUUUGAAAAGGUGAUUGAACAAUUGAAUCACUUAAGCUCUGAUCAUCAGAAAACAAUCAUGAAGUGUUUGAAAAGCCGGAAGGAUGAAAUUAGAAAAGCUCUCUUAGGAGAAAUAAUUGCCAUUUCCUCUGCUCAAUUACAGGAUUUUGAUUGGCAGUUAAAGCUUGCUCUCUCUAGUGAUAAGAUUGCCACGUUGCAAGUGCCACUUCUGAACCUUGAUCUAGACGUAAAGGAAAAUGGUGACGUUAAACAAUAUUCUGUUGAAAUGAAUAAAGAAGAACUGCAGAAUUUAAUAAAUUCAUUGGAAGCAGCUAAUAAGGUCAUCUUGCAGUUGAAGUGAGUGGAAAUGAUGGAUAUCAGAGUCAUCGGCCUCUUACUACUACAACUGAGAUGGCAGCAAGAAUAGAGUGUGUUCAGAGAACCAGUGGGAUGCACUGAUAUAGUAUGCUGAUCUGAGAGAGCCACAAAAAUGAGAUUAGAAAGAUGAAAGGAUCUAUUUGGUUAGGAAAAGCUACUAUGGUUGGUGUGAAAAGCAUUAAAAAAAAGUAAAUAUAAAAAAUUAUAAUAGCAUUUUAUAUUUUUAAGACUUGUUUUAUGUAGCUUUUUGUAGAGAAAUCUUUAGAAACAUAUGUUUAGAAAAAAUACCCUGCCUUUUAUACAAAAUACAUCAAGUUAACAUAGACAUUCUAAGCACAAAUAUGUCCCAUUUUUUAAAAAGUUUAUAAAUACUAGUGCCAUAAGUGAUGGAUUAAUCAUUUUAAAUGUGUUUUAAAUCUAAUUUUAAAACAAUGUGAUACUCCUUAUGUAUAUGUUUAUAUCUAUGUAUGUGUACAUAUAUAUACAUACACAUUAUGUAUCUGCACACAUAUAUAUAGACAAUUUAUGAAUUGUUUUAAAAAUAUUUCAGAAACAAAUUUAUAAUGUCAUGUAGCACUUAAUGACUCUAUUAUUCACGAACUUUAAAUCUAUAUACAUAUAGGUUCAUAUUUUUAUAGAACCCCAGAGAGAGAAAGGAACCUUAGCUGAACAGGAUUCUCCUCUACAAUAUAUUUGACAAGGGAACAUCCAGCUUUUGUUUGAAGAUCUCUGGUGAGGGGGAUCCUCUGACCCCCCAAGACAGACCAUUCUCUUUGGACUGCUGUAAUUAGAAAUCUGCCUUUAUGACAUCCACCAUUAAUUCCUAAAUUCUCACUCUAGUUAGGCAGAACAAGAGCUGGAGACUUUAAAGGUUAUUAGUUUCCUUCUGAAAUUGUAGGGCCCUGAACUGAGCACAGUAUUACCAACAUGACAUGAGAAUCUCGACUCACUGUGGCACAAUCCCCUUUCCCUCUCUGCUUCUCAGUGCCACAUAGGAGGACCACAUUAGCUUUUGGGCUGUCAUAUCCAGCUUGAUUCAUACAGAACUUGCUUUACUCUCCAGAUCUCUCUUAGACUGGUUGUUCUCUAGCUGUAGUUCUCCCAUUUUGUAUUUGUAGAGAUGAGGUUUUGAAUCUAUGUAUGACUUAAUAUUUAAUCCUUUUAAAUUUCAUCUAAUUAGAUUCAACCCUGUGGUCUAAGCUUGCCAGGAUCUGGAUACUAACUUUGUCAUCACACAUGUGAGCCAUCUCCCCCAGCUUUCUAUUAAAUCAGCUGCCUGGAUGAGCAUGUAUUCCCAGGCUUAUUGUGCUUGACUCAUUUUCACACAUUCCAUAGUCCAGCCAAAUCAGCCUCCUUCCUGUCCUCACACAUUUCCUCUGUCUCCCUGCCUUUUGCACAGGCAAUCCUGCAUGCCAGAAAUGGAUUCCCUCCUCACCUCUGCCUCUCAUCUAAUCUCUUUCCUUCCAAAUUCACAUCAUGUCUCCUUCACGAGGUGCUUUCUGAUAUUUUAGCUGCUGGUGCCCAGUGCUGACUUGGCCUUGUAUUUAUUUUGUAUAUGCUUAUAUAUGUACCUCUUUAUUCCUUGACAGUGUAAGCUCUUAAAGGGCAGGGGCUGUUUGAUUUUUGUCUUUGUAUCCCCAUUGUCUAGUAUGUUGCCUGGGAAACUCAUAGGUGCUUAAAAGUAAUAAUGAUGACUGUAGCUACUAGAAUUUAUGUUGCACCUCUAUGUGCCAGGCACUAUGGUAAAAGCACUUUACAAAUGCUAUCUCAUUUGAUCUUCACAACCACUCUGAGUGGUAGGUGUUAUUAUUAUCUCUGUUUAACAGAUAGAGCAACUGAGGCAGACAGAGGUUAAGGGACUUGCCCAGGAUCAUACAGCUAGUAAGUGUGAGGCUGUAUUUGAAUUCAGGUUUGUAGGUGUAGAGCAAGAAGGAACUGUGGAGGCCCAGUAGAUUAACUCCUUCAUGUUUUAGAUGAGUCACUUAAUAGAUACUCAGGUGAGGAGGUGAAUUGCUCCAAGUCACAGUGAUAAGUGGUAGGUGACUCUGGUGUGCUUCCCACGGCACCACACUGCCUUUCCUACAUAUAGAAGAGUCCACAUAUGUGUCAAAUGAAACCAAAUAGGAAACCAAAUUGGGAAAAUUCAUUAACCACAAAUGAAGAAAAUAUUUAAGGUUUCUUUUUGGUGUGAAAUACCUGAGAUUUGGCAGCUCUGGAUGUAUGAUCUCAGGUAGUCUGGCAAUAAGAAUGAAAGCAUUCAGUAUCUGUAUUGUUUGGAGGACAGAUGAUACUGUAAUUUUUGGCAUGGUGAAUAUGUGCUUCAUCAGGGACCAUCUUACAGAAAAAUCAGUUUGUGCCAGUUGUAAUCUCUUAAAACAACACGCUAAACAAGAAUGUAAUAUUUUAUAUUUGCAUAGCUUUAGCCGUUUACAAAGUGUUUUCCUACUCAGCACGAUACCAUGUUGCCUUCUACAAUGUUACAUUAAUUUUGUAUAGUACUUUAUAAUUUAAAAAAUCUUUUUUAAUAAACAUCUAUUUGGUCCUUAUGAUAGCUUUGUGAUAUAGUCAUGCAGUUAUUACUAUCCCAAUUUUACAGAUAAGGAAUGGUCAUAUGAUUAGAACUCUGGUUUGCUCAGCCCAGUGUUCCAGGUUAGGACAGCUUGUACUUGAAAUAUUAUUUUAUAAAUUAUGUGGAAUUCAGUGCAUUUUCCUAUUGAGGCAGUGUUAGAUUCCCAUGCCAGCCUCCCAAAAGUUAUUUUCAUCCAGAAUGUAAUUUAACUAGAAUAUUAGUGGUACUAGCUUGAGUUCUGCUCCUGAGAGAAGUGGGUCAUUUGGUGUAGGAGUGAGGGUGGGAAAACAUAGCUUCCUUUUCUUUUCCUAUUCUAAGAUUGGCCUCACCAAAAUUUUUGAAAGCAAAGUUUAUCUACCUUUUUCAAACUCCUUUUCACUGGCCUCCCACCUCCGUGUGUCCUUUUCCUCUGGUGUCCAAGUCACCUGAGCUUCCCUGAGGCCCAUAGUCAGAACACUUGCUCUGAGAGGCAGGGCAUGUGAGAUGCCUUCUCUCCUCAUUGAAUAAUAGGAUUUUAGAGUUCGAAGUCACCUCAGAGGUCAAACCCCUCAUUUUAUAAAGAAAAUGAUAUCCAUAAAGAUGAAGUGAUUUACUAAAACCUAGCAGAGUGUAGUGGGAAGAAUGCAUGAUGUGAGUCAGCAGAUACUUAGGUUCAAAUCCUACCUCUGACACUUGCUAUUUCAACCACCAGCAACCAGACUUCAGUUUCCUUAUUUGUGUGAAGAAAAACAACUUUGAAAGCCAUGAUCAAAGCAGUGGAUGAUAACGUCAAAAGACUGCUGAUGAACCCUACCUCCCGCCUCUUGACAGAAGGUUAAUGGACUCAAGAUGGAAAAGCAGAUAUACAGCCUCAGAUCUGGCCAAUGUGUUGAUUUGUUUUGUUAGGACAUAUUUCUUACAAGGGAAGAUGGGGAGGCAUGUUAAUGGGUAGUGAUAUACCUGGAAAAAAAAAAAAAGAAAAAACCCCCAGGAUCGUAGGUCUAGUGCUCAAAAGGCCCUUGGAGACUAUCUAGCUCCCAUUCUACCUCCCCGAUGUCAUCUUACAGAUAAGGAAACAGUUCCUUGCCCAGGGUGACCCAGGAACCCAAGUCUCUGACUCCAGAACCAGUGACCCUUCCAUUGAAUCUUUUAUUCCUUUAAUAGUAAAUAAAACAAAGGGCAUAAGAGGACACUACUUUUGUUAACUACCCUGUUUAAUAUAGAAUCAUUUUUAAGAAAAAAACUUCAUAACAGCCUUCACUUUAUAUAGAGACAACUGAAUGGUGGGUAGGUGGAGUUCUGGCCCUAUAGUCAGGAAGACCUGAGUUCAAUCCGGCUUCAGAUACUAGCUGUGACCCUGGACAAGUCAGUUAUAAUCUCUGCCUGUUUCCUCAACUAUAAGAUAGGAAUAAUAAUACCACCUACCUUUCAAGAUUGUUGUGAGGAUUAAGUGGGAUAUUUGUAAGAUACUUAGCACUGGGCCUGGCACAUAGCAGGCACUAAAUUCUUGUUUCAUUCCUUCCAUCUUAUGUAGACCUCUGGUUCUUUUAUAUAUUGAAAUGUGCAAUGAUUGUUUUAAAGAAACCUGAUGGGGGAAAAACAAAACAAAACAAAACAAAAACCAGUAAAAUGAGGAAGUGAAAACCUAGUUCCAUGGGGUUACUGUGACAAUUAAAGAGAUAAUGUAAACA